UUAAUUUCUCCAAGUAAGCCCUUAAUCUAUUAUUCUCAUUAGCUGCACUCAUCAUGGCCAAGCCCUUCUCUUUCUUCAUUCUCAUUACCAUCUUCAUAAUCCCUUCUCUCACAAAUAGCUUGAUUGAUGAGAGUGCUAAAAAUAUUAACACUGAUCAAUCCGCUCUCAUUGCUUUGAAACGCCAACUCACCUUAGCCGAUCCAAACAAUGUUUUGGUUCAUAAUUGGUCCACUUCAGUUUCUGUUUGUCACUGGAUUGGAGUCACCUGUGGAGUGCACCAUCGUAGGGUAGUUUCCCUCAACAUUUCAAACAUGGGUCUAUCAGGCCAACUUCCUGCAUCUUUGGGAAACCUCUCCUUUCUAUCCUUGUUGAACAUGAGUCACAACAACUUCCAUGGAAAACUACCAUAAGAGUUGGCUUAUUUGAACCGAUUAAGAGUGUUGCAUCUAAGAAACAAUAAUUUCAUUGGUGAAAUUCCACAGGAGCUUGGGAAUCUUCACCACUUGAAAGCAAUAAAUAUGCAUCAUAAUCACUUCAAUGGUUCAAUUCCAAGCUCAAUCUUCAACAUCUCAACACUUGAAAUCAUUGACUUCCAAAAUAAUAGAUUUUCUGGUACUCUUCCAACUAACCUAUGUCACAACCUUCCAAAUCUAGAAGGGCUUUUCUUAGGUUUGAAUAGUCUUAGUGGCGCACUCCCUGCAAAUCUAUCUGCAUGUUCAAGACUUCAGACGUUGGGGUUGGAAAUGAAUAAGUUCAAUGGAUUUAUUCCAAGAGAAAUUGGGAAGUUAUAUAUGCUUCAAAGAAUAACUCUUGGUGAAAACAAUUUAACAGGUGAAAUUCCAGAAGAAUUUGGCAAUCUUCAGAAUUUGGAGGUUUUGUCUAUAGAAAAAAACCAAAUUACAGGAUGUCUACCAAAGACUAUUUUCAAUAUGACUUCACUUCAAGUUCUGGCAUUACAUGCUAACAGAUUAGUUGGAUCCAUUCCAAGGGAGAUAGAAAAUUUAACUUCUCUUCAGGAAAUAUAUCUUUACGAAAAUUAUUUCACAGAUAAAGUCCCCCAAGAAAUCAGCAAGCUUAAUGCAUUGGAGGUUAUAAAUUUGCGGGACAACAAACUAAGUGGUUUGAUACCUAAAGGCAUAUUCAACAUUACAACACUUAGAAUUAUUUGUCUUGCCGCAAAUGACGUUUUUGGGACUCUUCCUUACACUAUAGGGUAUGGAUUACCCAAUCUUGAAGGACUUUAUCUAUCCAAUAAUAAACUAAGUGGAGCAAUACCCCAAAGCAUUGCAAAUUGUUCUAAACUCUUAAUUAUAUCUAUUGCCAAUAACUACUUGAGUGGGUCCAUUCCAAACUCUUUAGGAAACCUUAAGUUCCUCCACAUAUUUGAAGUUUUUGCAAAUAAGCUAUCAAGUGAGUCCUCAUCUUCUGAAUUAAGCUUCAUAACUUCUUUGACAAAUUGUAGAAACUUGAUUGUUUUGGACGUGAGUAAAAAUUUUUUUAAUGGAAUUCUUCCCAAAUCCAUUGUAAAUUUUUCUUCCUCACUAGAAAAAUUGGUGAUAUCCAGUGCUGGGUUAAGGGGCACAAUCCCAAAAGAAAUUGGCAAUCUAAGUGGUUUAGAAACUCUGGAAAUGUCUAUGAAUAACUUGACAGGAUUUGUUCCACACACCUUGAGAGGAUUACAACAUCUUGAACGAUUGCUCUUAUUUAGGAACAAAUUAAGAGGACUGCUUCCUUCCAGUCUUUGCAAGUUGCAGAAAUUGGGGCUAAUCGAUUUAACCGAAAAUCAAAUUUCAGGUUCUAUUCCUGAGUGCUUAGGGAAUCUUACAUUUUUAAGGUAUAUAUUCCUAGGUUCAAAUAGGAUAACAGGCAGAUUGCCUUCAAAUCUAUGGGUUAUGAAAGACCUUUUAGAGCUCAACUUGUCUUCUAAUUCCUUGAGUGGUGUUUUGUCUCCUGAUAUUGGAAAUCUAAAGGUUAUAUUCAACCUAUGGUUAUCCAAGAAUCAAUUGUCAGGCAGCAUUCCAAGCACAAUAGGAAGCUUGCAGAAUUUGAUACUCCUUUCUUUAGCACAGAACAAUCUAAAUGGACAAAUACCAAAGUCAAUAGGUGGGAUGUUAAGUUUGGAAUCACUAGACUUUUCUCAUAACAAUCUUAGUGGUUCAAUUCCUGCUUCUAUGCAAGAAAUUCGAUAUCUUCACAAUUUGAAUGUCUCUUGCAAUAGAUUAAGCGGUGAAAUCCCAUCAAAUGGUCCUUUUAGAAACUUCACAAGUCUAUCAUUCUUGUUUAAUGAAGCAUUAUGUGGAGAUCCAAGGUUUGGUGUUCUUCCGUGCCAUAAAAGUGUAGUUCGAAGGUCAAAAUCAAAAAGAACACUUCAAUAUGUUUUUAUGGCUUUAGGAAUUAUGGUUGCUAUAAUGGUGGGAAUUGUGCUGAUUACUUUUUGGAGACGAAAAAAGGUUACAAAGAAAGAAGAUUUGGUGCCAAUUGUGAAAGAAGUGGAGAGAAUAUCAUACAGUGAACUUUCAUGUGCAACAAAUGGUUUCAAUGAAAGGAAUGUGAUUGGUACAGGGAGUUUUGGAGUUGUUUACAAGGGGGUUCUUAAUGAUGGAACAAUCUUGGCGAUAAAGGUGUUUAGAAUGCAAGAAGAAGGCACUUUCCAAAGCUUUAAUGCAGAAUGUACAAUAUUGUUCAACCUUCGUCAUCGAAAUCUUGUGAAAGUGCAAGGUUAUUGCUCAAACCCAAAUUUUAAAGCGUUGGUCCUUAAGUACAUGCCAAAUGGGACUUUUGAGGAAUGGUUAUAUUCUGAAAAUCGCUUCUUGGAUAUCACUCAAAGAUUGAACAUAAUGAUUGAUGUGGCUUGUGCAAUAGAAUAUCUUCACCAUGGUUAUACAAAGUCGGUGGUUCACUGCGAUCUAAAACCGAGUAAUAUUCUACUAGAUGAGGAUAUGGUUGCCCAUGUCGCUGAUUUCGGAAUUGCAAAAUUGUUGGGCAGUGAUGAUAGCAUUGCAUACACAAGGACCCUUGCCACAUUGGGCUACAUUGCACCAGAGUAUGGAUUCGAAGGAUUAGUGUCUACAAAAUGUGACAUUUACAGUUAUGGCAUCUUGUUGAUGGAAACUUUCACCAGAAGAAAGCCAAACAGUGAUAUGUUUUGUGAAAAUGUGAGCUUAAGGAGUUGGGUUAAAGACUCUUUACCUAACAGAGUAAUUAAUGUUUGUGAUGUAAAUUUGCUCACACCAGAUGAAGAACACUUCAAUAGAAAAGGAAAGUGUUUGUCCUCUAUUAUGGAAUUGGCUAUAAAAUGCUCUGUAGACUUUCCAGCAGAAAGGAUCGGAAUAAGGGAAGUUCUCGCAACACUACACAAGAUUAAACAUCAAUUUAUUCCUUAAUUAUUUCAAUAAGGAGUGAAUAUGAACUCUGUUUUGUCCUAUUCAAGUUCCAAAACUGAUGUAUUUUUCACUUUUCCUUUUACAUUUGUAUAAAGUGUGUAUACACUGUGUUUGCCUUGGUUCUUGAAUUUGACAACAUUGUGGUAGUUCAAGGUCUUGAUUUAUAUGUUGUGUUA